AUGGAAGAGGAGAGAAUGCUGAGAAGCCGAAGUGGCAAGGUAUCUGUCCAUGGUGACCGGAAACCCUGGAGGCUGCUGGCCAUAGAAGAGGAAGCUGCUGAGAUGAAAGUUGCCACAGCAACUCUGCCCUCCUGCCAGACCAAGACCCCGCAGAAGCAGUGGCUGGAAGCACUGGGCGCCCUCCACUAUGUGCUCAGUUUCCUAUUUCUAGGCCCUUGCGCCUCCAUUCUCCUCUUCCUCCUUCUCUUCACGCGGCUCUGGUCUCUGACUGUCCUCUACCUGAUGUGGCUCUACGUGGACCGGGACACCCCCAGCCAAGGAGGAAGACGGUGGAAGUGGCUAAGGACCAGAAAGGUUUGGAAACUUCAAAGGCAUUAUUUCCCUAUCAAGCUGGUGAAGACGGCAGAGCUGCACCCUGAUCAGAACUACGUGCUGGGAUCUCACCCCCAUGGGAUCAUGUGCACUGGAGUCUUCUGCAAUUUCCUCACUGAGAGCAACAACUUCUCCCAGCACUUCUCAGGAAUACAGCCCUGGCUAGCCACCCUGGCCGGCCUCUUCUACCUUCCUGUCUUCCGGGACUACAUGAUGGCUCUUGGACUGCGACCCGUGAGCCGUCACAGCCUGGACUUUGUCCUGUCUCAGCCCCAGCCUGGCCAGGCAGUGGUCAUUGUCACCGGGGGUGCCCAGGAAUCCCUGUACACAACCCCAGGACAACACUGCCUCGCACUCAAGAGACACAAAGGCUUUGUUCGCCUGGCACUGAGGCAUGGGGUGUCCCUGGUGCCCACAUACUCCUUUGGGGAGAACGAUAUAUUCAACACUAAGACUUUUGCAGAGGGUUCCUGGCAGUACCUGUGCCAGGUCAUCUUCAAGAAGAUCACUGGCAUUCCGCCCUCUUUCUUCUGGGGCCGAAGUCUCUUCUCACCCAACUCCUGGGGUCUGCUGCCCUUUUCCACACCCAUCACCACCGUGGUGGGUGCCCCCAUCCCCAUGCCCCAGCUCUGCACACCCACUGAGGAACAGGUUGACCACUACCACAGGCUCUACAUGGAGGCCCUGGAACGACUAUUUGAGGAGCACAAGGAAAGCUGUGGUGUCCCUGCCUCCACCCACCUGAUCCUCUGUUAGACCUGGCCUCACCUUCCCAUGGAUCCCUGAGCCCAUGCCCUGAGUCUGCAGCUCUUGUUGUGCCCUGCCAUCCAAUAAAGGCUGUAUUGGAAGUGAGCAUGACCAGGA